AUGGCGGAUGAUAUUGUGAGUCGUUAUGCGAACCUUAAACUGGAUGAUGAGGACGAAGGAGUGGUCGAUUUGGGAGUGGUUGAAUCCUCUUCAUUAACAAAGAAAUUUCAUUUAUCGUUAAUUGGUAGACUUGUGACUGAAAGACCCUAUAACGUUGAGGCCUUCAAGAACACGAUGAUGAAGGUUUGGGCGUUGCAGGACAAUUUGGUGAUUAGGGUUUUAGGCCCGAAUCUUUAUGCCUUUCAAUUUUUCCAUUGGAGAGACAAGGAGAAAGUUAAGGCUGGACGACCUUGGUGUUUUGAUAAUCUUUUACUUGUGCUAAGGGAGGUUGAAGGGGAUGAGCAACCUGAGAAAAUUCCCCUGUUCCAUUGUCUAUUCUGGGUGCGAAUCCAAUUUUUAUCCUUUAAUUGCCGCUCGGAUGAGGAUGUCAAGGAGUUAGUUGCAAAUUGGGGUGAAGUGUUGGAGCUGGAAGAGGACACAUUGGGAUUGGAUCGAUUUCGGCGUGCUAAAAUUAUGAUUAAUGUUGCUAAGCCUCUCCGUCACUUUUAA